AAAGCUAAAAUGGCGGGCGCGGAGUCAUUCUUAUUUCGUCUUUGAGAGAGUGAACUUGGAUGAAUUUCAGAGUCCGCACUGCAUCACCCGACACGUUCAGUUUGCAUUAAAAUACACUUCGGUCCCCUUAUUACUCACUGCUUAGUUCAGUCUGCUGCAGUGGAUCCGAGUAGAAGGUCCGUUAUUGUCUCUGUUUGCGAUUCUACCUUCUUCGUUGUCGAACGAAAGUGCUGCUGGAGAUGCCCACCUGUUGUGUACGCUAUUGCACUAAUAGGAGUGGCAAUAUAGGUAGUGGGCAGUUCAAAUAUUUUUAUUUUCCUAAAGAUCCAGAGUUGAGAAAGAAAUGGAUGAUGGCAUGUGGGAAAAAUGAAGCUACAUAUAAUGCGAAUCACGGCAGAAUAUGUCAUCAACACUUUGAGGACGAAUGUUUUGAGCAAGAAAGUAUUGAAACCUCAGAUGGUGUUGGGAAAGUCAACAGAUACAGGUUGAAACUGAUCCCAGGAUCAAUACCCACGAAACUGUUGGUUUUAAAAAAAGCUCGCAAAGAAAAGCCUCGUGAAAGAAUCCCUCUUUAUACUUACAAUGGACUUGUGUCUGCUUUAAGAAAAUCAUCCAAUUCUAGUGAUCCUUCAGAAGCAACAUCAGCUGCAAUUGAUCAUAAUUACAUUGCUACUUUGGAACCUACAGAACCUCAGAUUUCAGAAUGUUUCAUUUAU